AUGCCCGCGAAUUUAAGACCUGACACAAAUGGCAAUACGCCGGAGGAUUGGCAUGUCUUUGAGCUCUUAUGCGGCAAAUCGUUGUCAUUGCCAAUGUCACCAGCUCCACAGAGAAUCGCAACAACUCCCAUCACCUCCCUCACAUCUGCUUGUUAUACACCCAUGGUUUUUUAUUGGCGAAAUAUGCCAAGUGAUAAUCAUUUGCAUCACCACCACUUGGGACUAAGUGGUGGACUCUCUCCUCAUCAUCAUCAUUUGCUGGAUACAUCAUGUGUUAACACUGGGAUUACGGUUACAGAGCAUCAUCUUAAUGGCAUCGAUAUGACGACAACUCUACGUAGCGAGUUGGCUGCGCUGUCCUAUAAAAAGGAGCGUUUAACCAGCGAGCUCUCUGAGACACGCAGUGCCUUGUGCAGCAAGGAGGCAGAUGUGGAGAAUCUGCGAGCACAGGCAGCUCGACAAACAGCCUUGAUUGGAUCCCUGCAGAGUCGCCUGCAAGCGGCGGAGAAUCGAGAGCAGUCGGUGCAAGUGCGUUGUGAUUCCACCAUACAGACAGUUCAGCGGGAGAAGCGCUCAUCGGAUGAAAGAAAUAAGGAGCUACUAGGCAAGAUACAACAUCUGGAGGCACAUGCCGCCAGUGAGGAGACCCACAAGGAACAGGCCAAGGCGCAACUUCAUGAUCUGUUGCGUCGUCUGAGCAUCUGCCUCGGCAUGGAUGUCUGUGAGAGUAAUCAGAAUAGCCAUGCCACGCCCGAGUGUGUCGUUUCCCGUGCCGAGGAGGUAAUGAUUGAACUGCAGCGUGCCAAGGCCAAAGUCACCUCCACCUGCGACACGUUGAGUUCCUGUGAGAAUGAACUCCUCAAUCUCAAAUCUCUGGCCAACAUUGAGAAACAACGUUUGAGCGCUCAAUUGGAUGGAGCUGGCAAUCAUAAUCAUGAGCUGGAGGGCAGAUGUCGUCAGUAUGAAAGGGACUUACAACUUCAACGGGAUCGCCUAACCGAAUCGGAAAUCAAUGGCGAGAAAUUGAAGGAGGAGCUGCGUGGAUUCGAAUCCCGCUGUCAUCGACUGCAGAACAACUUGGAUCGCAUUCAGGCCGAUCGAUUGCAGUUCCUGCGUGGUCUCAGCAAUCUGCUGAAUGUCCCCGAACCCUGUGAGACGUUGAUCAAGGAUAAGCUCCGGGAGCUGCUAGGCGAGAAUCAAGCGAUGCAUGCGCAAAUGCACUCCCUGCGCGAUCAGCUGAGCAAUGAACAUGAGAAACUUAAAGAGAAUCAGGAAUCCACAGAGUGUCGUCUGCGUACAGGUGAAGCACAGAAAUGUGAGUUAGCCGAAAGGCUGGAGAAAUGUCAUGCAGAGAUUCAUACACUACGCAAGGAUCACAUGGGAUUGUCAGAGUAUCUGCAGCGUCUGGCGAGUGCACUCAACUGGAGUGAAUGCUCUGCACCACCAGCUUUGGGUGCGGAUACGAAUCUCAUGGCGGAUAAUUUGCUGGAGCGUGCCGAACGUUUGACAGCCCAUUGUGAGCAUGAGGUGUCGCAUCAUGCAAUGGAGAAAGGCUGCUGCGAUCAUCAUCAUCAUCAUCAUCAUCAUGGUCAGGGCAAAUUGCGACGCGAGAGAUCAUGUCAUGAUAUACCACUAAAGGAAAGCAGCAGUGUCUACAAUUUGCAGAGACGCGUUCGUGUACUGCGGGAACAGGUGCAACGCAGGGAUCUACAUCUGGAGCUGCUGCGUCGCAAGCUGGCCAUCAUUGAGGAUGGAGCAAGGGGCAAGUGCAUGUUGCAAGGAGAACGCGACGAAGCUGUUUGUCGGGCCAAAAAAGCAUCCAAACAGGUUGACAAACUCAAUGCUCAACUGGCGGAUGCACGCUCCCAGAUAGCCGAGGUCAAAGCUCAACUGGCGGAAGCCGUGGAAUAUAAGAUUACCUCGCUGGAGCGUGCACGCAAGAUCGAUGAGCUGACCACACAGAUCUGUGAUUUGGAGGAUGAAAAAACUCGACUAUUAUCGCAACUAAACGCAAUGAAGGAGCGCAUGAAAUCAUCCUGUGAAUCCAAUCAGAAUCGUCGCUGUCGCGAUGAAGCGUUGAUUAAUUCUCUUCGGGAUGAUGUCAGUCGCCUAAGUGCCCAAUUGUCGGAUGCCAAUCAACGUUUGUCGCAUUUGCAAUCUUUCCGCACUUCGGUGGCUCGCACUUUGCACUUGCGAGAUCUUCCCGAGACGGAUCUAUUGCAUCGACUGCAGGCGCUAUGCUCGGCUCACCAGGAGUUUACUUUGCUGUCGAAGCGCUAUGAGACUGCAUCUCCUGUGGGCGAUCAUCCCUGUCCGCGCUACGAUGAUCCCGUGCCGCCCUCAAGUCACUGUCGACCACCACGUGAGCUCAGUCCGACGCCAACGCAUCAUCACACGACCGGAAGUCAUCAACAUAAUCAUUCACACUCUAUUUCACAUGGUCAUGCCCAUUCCCAUUCCCAUGUCCAUGGACGGCAUCAUCAGCGGCAGCGCAGCAAGAGUCGCGAUAAGCGAUUGCAUGAUGAAUGCUUUGACUCGGAUGUGCAUCGAUUGCAUCAUGGCUGCAAGGAUCCAUUACUGGGCAACAAUUCAGCUGGCAGCUGUGAUGAGGACUACGAUUUUAAGAGCAAAUACUGCUGAUUCAAUAAUUUCUUAGAUGACACUUCAAUGC